AUGGCUCAGCGAUCAAGACCGAGGCAAACGCGGGCGAACCAGACGGCGAUGGACCCCAAUGUCAAGCGCAAGCAACCCCCGCCGAAACGGGUCAAACGGGAGCGCAUCAUCGAGGGCACGCCCGAGAGUGAGGCAUUGCGGGGCGGUCUUCCAGACCUCUUGUUGCCCAAUUUGCGAGUUUUGAUCAUUGGCAUCAAUCCAGGCGUCUGGUCAGCUGCUCGUGGCCACCAUUAUGCAGCUGGCGUGGAGCUGGGCUGGCAAACUGACAUGUCUUGUGGCCAAUAUGGGAUUGGGUUUACCAACUCGGUUGCGCGCACGACUCGCGGGCAGAUGGACCUGGACAAGUCGGAAAUUGAGGACGGCGUGGCGCGUCUGAGGCAACUCAUUCAAGAAUAUCAACCUGCCAUUGCAGCGUUUAAUGGGAAAGGCGUCAGCGAAAUCUUUUUUAAGCGUCAGUUUUCGCGCAAGGUCACGACGCUCGGACUUCAGCAGGAGACCAUUGGGGAAACGCGCCUUUAUAUCAUGCCGUCGACCUCGCCGCGCGGCGCCACAAGACCCAGGUGGCAAGACAAGCUGCCUUUCUUUCGGGAACUGGCAGCUCUGGCAAAACCAGCCAUCAAAGCAGAUGAGGGUGAUUCUGUCGCAUUGCCCGCACAACCCACCACAGUGACGGUCAAGGCUGAACCAACCGAGGCCUCCGAACCGGCCAAGCCAAAGUAG